CCACCUACGGCUGAAAGAGCUGAGCUGAGGGUUUGCGGGCAGCUUCGCAGGCUGUUGCGGUAGGUAAGGAGGGGCGGGACCCCCAGCGUCUUGUAUCCUCGGCUCGGGAACCAUCCUGGAAUACCACAGAAAGACCUCGGACUCUGAUUUAUCCUGCCCAGCCAGUCCUUCAGACCAGCUCAAAUCCCAAAUGAAAAUGUUUGAGAGCAUUGACUCUACAGCCACUAAAUCUGGCCCAGAUCUUUGGGCUGAAAUCUGUUCCUGCCUGCCAAAUCCUGACCAAGAGGAUGAUGCCAAAAAUGCCUUCUCAGACUCCUUUAUGGAUUCUUACCCCACAGGCACAGGCCAGAGGGAGGCCUCAAACUUUUCUACCCAGCCAUCCACAAAGCCCUGGGCUCCCUUGCAAGAUUCAGAAGUGUAUUUAGCAUCUCUAGAGAAGAAACUGAGAAGAAUCAAAGGUUCGAACCAGGAAGUGACUUCUAAGGACAUGCUUCGAACCCUGGCCCAGGCCAAGAAGGAAUGCUGGGAUCGGUUCCUCCAGGAGAAGUUAGCAUCAGAGUUCUUUGUGGAUGGACUUGAUUCUGAUGAGAGCACCUUGGAACAUUUCAAGAGGUGGCUACAGCCGGAUAAAGUAGCCAUCAGUACAGAGGAGGUCCAGUAUCUGAUUCCUCCGGAGUCACAGGUUGAAAAGCCAAUGGCUGAGGACAAGCCAGCGUCAGAGGAGCAAUAAAUUACACACACUUACACACACAUGUGCUUGUGCUGAGCAGCUGUGUUGAGUCCAGAGGGAACAGUGGUGAGCUCAGCAGCAGCCAGGAGGAAACUUGGGAGGGAGAAAACCCAACCUUCCACUCAACAAAGCAAACAGCUGUGGGCCCCUGAGGACUUGCUUGGGGCUGGCAGGUGUGACUGUCUUUUAUGAAGUGACUGGCCCAGUGCGACCUGGAUCAAAAUACUGCUUUCCUGUAAGUCUCACAGCUUGCUUGAGCUCUGGUGCUUCAGGUGAGAAGUCUGCUGAGAAUCUAGUGAAGGACCCAGGUAGAAGCAUAUUUGGAGAAACUGAUGCCCUUGUGUAUCAUGUAUAAGUUAAGUGAGCCAUAUUUCUCUUUGCCUCUUCUGGAUUUUCGUGCCUGUGUCCCAGGUAUUCUUGGGGUAACUCGUCUGAAAUGAGUGGGGCCAAGGAAAGUGAAGUCUGCCUCCUUAAAUCCAAGCCCCAUUCAGGGAUUCUCUAACAAGUCCAUAAUAAAUAUGGGGACUUUAGGAAAAGAGCCUGGGCUUUUCCUUUGUCUGAUUUGUUCCUUGUGGGGAAAAUGGAAAAAAGAAUUAUGAAAAGGCAGGUGUGUGAUUUUUUAAAAAUUUCAUAUGGGUUUUUUUCCCUUACUUCCUCCUGCACUUAAAAAGGGCUAAGUUCCAAAUUAGAUUUGCAAGUACAGUUUUGGUAUUUGAUGCCACUGCUUAAAUAGUUCUCUGCUUGCUACUUGUAGCAGCUUUUUUGGCUGAGCCUAUGCUUCCCUCCUUGUUUAUGGUGUUGUUGUUUAGUUUGUUGUCCACAUAAAAUUUUUCUCAUCAGAA